AUGUCGAUUGCCAAGUUCACAGUCUUAUUACCGAGGUUUUUCCCAUCAAAAUCUAAGAAUAUCUUAAUCGUGAAAGAAAAAGGUUUUGAACUCUGCAGAUUGGUUAAUUCUGUACCAGGUCGUUCACCAAGUCAGUGGUUGACCCCAUUUUAUACGCCUGGACCCCGGAGCCGGCUUGAUACGGCACCUUACCGGCUUGACACGCAUAUCGGCGGCGAGGUAUUCUGGAAGGGCUUAGAAUCGACCUUAUCAACCAUGACGAAUGGGUGGUUGAUUAUUUUUUGGCUGGGUGCAAGCACCACACAGCUUUGCCACGGGUUCGCCCACAUAACCAAGGCUCUUCGCAAACGAGACUAUGAUAAAUACGAGCACCCGACGAAGGAGGAAGGUACCGCCACUUCUGUCCAAGUCGGGAUCUACAUUCACUCUAUCGGUGAUAUUGAUGAGAAGAAUAUGCAACUAGUUUUGGACAUCUAUCUCCGACAAGAGUGGUUUGAUGAGAGACUGCGGGGUUUGACCAGAAAGCAGCAGUCACUGCACGGGGAUGUGAUCGAUGAUUUCUGGCUGCCCGACCCCUACCUUCCUGCUGCUAAAAGGGUGACCAUGCACGAAGUGAUGACCAAGUCGCGGUCGCUACACGUUGAGCCAAGUGGGCAAGUCAAGCUUAAUGUGAGACUUAUCUUGGAGCUUAGCUGCCACAUGAACUUUGUGUCCUAUCCAUUCGAUGACCAAUUGUGUCCUGUUACAAUCGAAAGCUAUUCGUUGACGUCAUCAGAACUUGUGUACAUGUGGUCGAAAAGUUCCCCAAUCGCCUACAAUGAGGCGAUGGUCAUCCCCAAGUUUGAGUUGAGUGGCCUCCCUACAGCAUCAAACUACAGUGAUGAUGAUGUCUUCAGAUCGGCUGGGGGCAGUACUGUCAGUGGUAUUCGGAUGGAUAUCCGCAUCCACAGAGAACUGGCGUACUACCUCGCCCAGAUCUACUUCCCGAGUGCCCUGGUGGUCAUCCUGUCUUGGGUGUCGUUCAUCAUCAGCGUUGAGGCAGUCCCUGCUAGGGUUACCAUUGGAUUGCUCUCAAUACUUACGAUUACGACACAGAAUAUGAAUGCGAAUAAAGCUAUGCCACAGGUGUCUUAUAUCAAAGCCUUGGACAUCUGGCUGACUGUCUGCCUGGCUUUUGUCAUCUUUGCCUUCCUUGAGUUUGCUCUCGUCUCAAGUAUCUUAAAGAAACAUCAACGAGAUCUAAAGAAAAUCAAGAAUCCGAGCCCGGAUAGAAAUAAGAAUGCCGUUCCGGGUCCCGAGAGCUUCGAACUUGUUGAGAGAGCACGUUUGGGUUGGAGUAAUCAUGGCGGAACCGGGAAAGUAGUUCCUCCCAAACACGCGGAGGAAGAGGAACUCAUGGAGAAGACCAGCAAACCAUCACAUGCCGAACCACACUACGAUCGUGCUGACAAUCUAUCAAGGAUUAUUUUCCCUGUUACAUUCCUCAUUUUCACCAUUGUCUACUGGGUGACGUUUCUGAAUGUUGGUGGCGCUGAAAAUCAGCAGUCGGAGUGA